GGCACGUUGCCUGGGCCGUGGGCGAGCCGGUCGGGCACAAAGAUGUCUAUGGCCAGCGACUUCUACCUGCGCUACUAUGUAGGGCACAAGGGCAAGUUUGGACACGAGUUCCUGGAGUUCGAAUUCCGACCAGACGGAAAGCUUAGGUAUGCCAACAACAGCAAUUACAAAAAUGAUGUCAUGAUCAGAAAAGAGGCUUAUGUUCACAAGAGUGUAAUGGAAGAACUGAAGAGAAUUAUUGAUGACAGUGAAAUUACAAAAGAAGAUGAUGCUUUAUGGCCACCUCCUGACAGGGUUGGCCGACAGGAACUUGAAAUUGUAAUAGGAGAUGAACACAUUUCUUUUACUACAUCCAAAAUUGGUUCCCUUAUUGAUGUAAAUCAGUCAAAGGAUCCUGAAGGCCUACGAGUGUUUUAUUAUUUGGUACAGGACCUGAAAUGUUUAGUUUUCAGUCUUAUUGGAUUACAUUUCAAGAUUAAACCAAUCUAAAUGUGUACUUCUGAACUAUUUGUAUAUUUAAUAAAGGGAUGGGUAGGGGUGGGUUUAUUUUUCUUUUAUAAUAUUGGGAUUUUUGUGAAUGUGAAGCAAAUUUUCUUUUGUAUGCAAACUGAACAUAGGAAAAAGUAAAAAGGCUUAAUAGUAUCCUCCUUUAGGUGCAAGUGGGUUGGACAGCCUUUCACUAAAGCCUGUAAAUAAAAACUACUUGUCAUUGAGAUUUUAUUCCAAUUAAAGAUAUCAAAGCCUA